AUGGCGAAGGAGGAAGAGAGCAAUGGGGGCUCGCAACGCAAGCCUGGAACUUAUGAGCUGCAGAAGCAGAAGAGUAUGGCUCUCCUGCAGCAAGGAGGGAACACUCUUGCCAAGAGGCUGUCGAUCGCAGCAGGGGUGAGGUACAAGGAGAGCCUUGACAUGGACCAGGUCUCGAAGCUCUUCCGCAAAUCAAAGGCGCACGAGUUCUGGAUCUACAUCGUCUUCCUCACCGUCUUCAGCGCUAGCUCGCUGCAGCAGCGACCCGUGGAGGAGACGUACGACCUCAUCCACCAGGUGUACGACGGGACUGUCACUGGCUCCUCCUACAUCUCGACUACUUACUUCAAGAACAUCGGCGGUCAGUGGCGGGCUGACGGGAAGGACGCAGACAUCGGAUCGAUUGAUGACUUCUGGGCAUGGAUGACGGAGGUUCCCCCGCAGUUCCUGUUCCAGUACAACUGGUACAACGGGAGCUCGUUCGAGCCGGAUUUCCAGGGGGUGAAGUGGCGGGUCCUGCAGAACAACCUGAUUGUCCAGCCUCCUCGCCUCCGCCAGAUUCGCAUCGAGCCCAAGAAGUGCGAGGUGCCGAGGAGGAUGUCGAGUCAGGAGUACGGGGGAGUGAUCAGCCAGGGGAGCUACAACGGGACCAACCUGUACAUGACCGACGGCAUCUCAACCUGCUAUCCCAGGAUGCCGAGCGCCACGAUCAGUAAGGAGACCAUCCAGGGGCUGAAGAUUGACAACGGGACCAUCUCGGUGGUUCCCCUCCCGUACAAGAGCGCCAAGGAGCUCAACUCAAAGUCCUUCACGUCGAGAGGGAGCACGACACCGAUCACGUACGAGGGGGGAGGAUACGUGCAGGACUUCCCGCUCAACAUCUCCAACGACGAGUUCAAGAGCAUGUUGGCCGCGCUCAAGGCCAUGAGGUGGACAGACAGGCAGACGCGCGCUGUCGUCUUCGACUGGGUCAUUUACAACCAGGAGCUCAACACGUUCCUCUCCGUCCGGCUCGUCUUCGAGUUCCAGCCUCACGGCUUCGUGGUGGGCUACCAGAGCCUCCGGGCGAUGAGGAUGGGGUACGUUAGGGCCAACGACGUGUUCCUGCUGAUAAUGGAUGCGGUUGUGUACGGCAUCGUCUUCUUCUCCAUCUUCAACUCCUGCUACAAGGUGUAUCUGCUCAGCUGGGACUUCUUUGGGUACUUCUGGAAUGUGGUCGACCUUAUGAACUACCUCUUCUUCCUUGUGUCCCUCUACUACAAGGUGAUCUUCUUUCUUGAGACGCAGACGUUUGUCUCCACCCCGGUCAGCAGUGCUGUGGAGUAUGUCGACUUCGACUACGUCGGCAGCAUCUACAACCUCAUCGCCUCCUGGAACGGUUUUAACGCGCUCUUCACCUGGAUGAAGAUAUUCUCCUUCCUCAAGUUCCUCAGCUCUGCUGCCGAGCAGCUCAUAGAAACAAUCGCUAAGGCAGGGGCAAAUCUUUCUAUCUUCGCGGGCCUCUUGUUUGUUGUCCUCUGGGCCUACGCGCAAACGAUGUAUGUCUCCUUCGGUGCCUACAUUUCAGACUACAAGGCCCUCUACAGCGCGUGCGUCAACACGUUCAAGGCUCUGCUGGGAGGGUUCGACAUCGACCAGCUGAACGCCAGCAACGCGUACCUGGGCCCGCUGAUCUACAUCACCUUCCUCUUCGUUGCCUUCUUUGUGAUGCUCAACAUGUUCCUUGCCAUCAUCGCCAAGACCUACGAUGACGUCAGCAACCAAGAGACCGUCGACCCCAUGGCCUUCGAGUUCCGCGAGGGCAUCCUCUUCUCCCUCCGCGUUCCCCUCCGCCUCCUCGGCUUUUCCUCCAUCCUCGACCGUCACUUCCGCAAGGACAAGGACCAGGUCUCGGGCUUCUCCUCCCUCAAGCAGGACGACGACAGGCAGUCUUCCGUCAUCGCCUCCUCCCUCAUCGCAGGAGGCAAGACCAAGAGCCAGGGCUCCCUCUCCAGCGAUCCUCCAGCUCAGAAGCUCAACGGCAAGUCGCCCUCUGAGGUCAUCUUCAAGGACGUCAGCAAGGACGAGAACCCGCCGCUCCAGUCCCUCGGCAGCAACCGAAGAGCAAACUACAACAACGACGGAGCCUCUGCAGCUGUGGAUUCCAAGGGCAGGCAGGCGACAAAAGUCACCAUGUUGGUGCCCGACGAGGUUCUGCUGGGACUCCUUUCGUCUGUGAGGGACUUGAGCAACAACGUGAGGGAGCUCGGCGGUCGCUUGGACGACCUCAGCAAGUUCGGAGCAGAGGCCGCAAGGCAGCUGGAGAAUGAGCUGGAGGAGACUAGGAGGGGACAUGCUUUGAGGGAGGAGGAGGAGGAGGAGGAGCCGAGAGAAAGAGCCCCGAGAAACUACCACAGUCAUUCUCUUCCUCUUGCUCACAGAGAGCCGUACCAUCCCCUCCAGCAGAGCCCCAUCAGAGCUGAGAUGUCCUGGAAUCCUCCAGAUCACUUCAGGACUUCCAAGUGGCCCGAAGACGAUCGCAGGAGCCUCCGCAGCCCCAUGGUCGACUGGUCCGGCAUGUCGCCAACCUCGAGGAUGCUGGCAGCCACGGCCGACAUGAUCUCAGCGGUGGCGGUUCAGAGGGACACCAGUCUGCGGGGCGACGCGAGGAUGGCAACCCCAGACCUCGGGACCCGCAGCUACACGAGGAGGAAGCCGGCGAAGGGAGGAUGGGAGAACUCGCCGGUGGAGCAGGAGGGAGUCAAGAAGCUCCGGUUUCAUGCCGCACACGAGGAGGAGGAGGAGGACGACUCGACCCCGAGGCUUCCGGCAUAUGUAAAGUAG